AUGGCUCUCAAUGUCAACCGUGCUGUAACCGAUCCAUUCUACCGCUACAAAAUGCCGAAAUUGCUUGCAAAGGUCGAGGGGAAAGGCAACGGAAUCAAAACUGUUGUUGCGAAUAUGUCUGAUAUAGCUAAGUCUCUUGAACGCCCACCUAUGUAUCCGACCAAGUACUUCGGUUGUGAACUGGGCGCACAGACCAACUAUGAUGCGAAAAACGAGCGUUACAUAGUGAAUGGUGAGCACGACGCUGCGAAGCUCCAAGAUAUUCUGGAUGGCUUCAUAAAAAAAUUUGUACUCUGUCCAGCAUGUGAGAAUCCGGAAACUGCGUUGUCAGUACGUCGCAAUCAGAUUCACAGCAAGUGCAAAGCGUGCGGACAUGCAUUCAUUAUCGAUAGUCGACAUAAGCUAUCUACAUAUAUCCUCAAGAACCCGCCCAAAGUUGAGGUUGACUUCUCUAAGGACAGCAAACAGAACGGCAAUGGACAUGUCAAAGAAGAGGAUCUUGGAGUGGAAGCUAAUGGGGAUAGGAACAGCUCUAACGAUGAUGAUGAUGACGAUUGGGCACCAGAGGAAGACGAAGCAGUGAACACUAAACUAGCUGCAGGAAUUGGAAAGCUGGUAAUCGAUAAGGACCUCGACAAGAGUAUUGAGGAACGCUUGGACAUGCUGCAUCGUUUCUUCCUUGAUGCGAAGGAAAAAGGAACUGUUGGCGAUGGAAAGGCUUUGGCCGAUGAAGCGGAGCGUCUAGAACUCAAACAAAAGGCGCCGCUUCUUCUUGCUGAUGUCCUUUUGGAUCAAAACAUAAUCAAGGAUCAAAUGGCGCAGAUCAGAAACAAUAGAAAAACGUUACUAAGAUUUACGCUUGGUGAUAGGAAGGCGCAACGCUACCUUUUGGGUGGUAUCGAACAACUUAUUAUAAAACAUGAAGCAAUAUUAUUACCGAAAGCUGCUCACAUAAUCAAAGCCCUCUACGAUAAUGAUAUUUGCGAGGAGGAAGCCAUCCUUGCUUGGGGUGAAAAGCCGUCGUCGAAGUAUGUUACAAAGACACAAUCUAAAAAGAUUGUCCAGAAAUGUGAAGCAGUCCUCACGUGGCUCAGAGAAGCUGAAGAGGAAGAUGACGACGAAGAAGAAUCUGAUGACGAAAUUGACUUCGAUGAUCGUGCACAAAAGAAAAGCGUGUACGCGGAAAAGGCAAAGGUGCAAGCUGGAGCGAAUGAAGACAUCAAGGUUCAAGGCGAUGAUGGCGUCGAAAUCGAUAUUGAUGACAUUUAA